AGAUUCUGGGUCUCUCACUCACUAUAACCUCCUUUUCUUCAUAUUUUUAUAACACUCAGAAAAGAAAGAAAAACCCACCCCCACUAAACUAAUCCUCCCACAACUCCACAAGACAAAUGAUUUGGUUUUUCUCACAUUGUUCCUCCCUAGGCUCAUCCCCUUCUUUCCCCUGCCUUUCAUCGGAAUUUGCAACAUUUUUGUAAUUCUUCUAUUGUUGUAAUGCCUGUCUUUCAAGCCUUCUUCUUUUUACUCUUCAUUUUUAAUAUUCCAUAUUGUUCUUCUCUUAGCCCACAAGGUGAAGCUCUUCUUUCAUGGAGAAAAACCUUAAAAGGACAAAAUUUGCAAGUGUUGAAUAAUUGGGAUUCAGCUAACGCAACCCCUUGUGGGUGGUUUGGUAUCACUUGUGAUGUUAAUAAUAAUGUUGUUGAGUUGAGUUUGAGCUAUGUGGAUUUACUUGGAAGCAUUCCUUCUGAUUUCAGCUCGUUGACGAGUCUCAAAAAGCUUGUGCUUUCGGGAACGAAUCUUACUGGUUCGAUCCCGAAAGCAAUUGGUUCCUUACAGAACCUUAACAUAUUGGAUUUAAGUGACAAUGGGUUAACCGGCGAAAUCCCAAAAGAGCUGCGUGAUCUCUCUAAGCUGGUGGAGCUUUACAUCAACACGAACAGGCUUACAGGUUCACUUCCCAAUGAAAUUGGGAACCUCAAAAGCCUGGUCGUGUUGACAUGCUAUGACAAUCAACUUGAUGGAAGUAUUCCAUCAAGUAUUGGUCAGCUGAAGAAUCUUCAGGUGAUCAGAGCCGGCGGAAACAAGAACAUGGAAGGCCCGUUACCAAAAGAAAUCGGUAAUUGUACUAGUUUAGUAAUGUUAGGUGUCGCGGAAACCAGCUUAUCUGGUUUCCUACCACCAACAAUUGGCAAUCUAAAAAAACUCCAAACCUUAGCCAUUUACACCACCUUACUUUCUGGCCAAAUUCCAAUGGAGCUCGGUGACUGCACCGAGCUCGAGAACAUAUACUUGUACGAAAACUCGCUCUCGGGCUCAGUUCCUAGUUCAUUAGGCAACCUAAAAAACCUCAAAAACUUAUUACUAUGGCAAAACAGCUUAACUGGAAUCAUCCCACCCGAGCUAGGAAACUGUUUACAGCUUGUGCUAAUCGAUAUUUCCAUGAACACGUUAACCGGAGUCAUUCCUGUAACGUUCGGGAACCUGACAUUAUUACAGGAGCUCCAGCUGAGUAUGAAUCAAAUCUCUGGUUCGAUGCCGACUCAGCUAGGAAACUGUACAAGUCUGACUCAUAUUGAACUCGAUAACAAUGCAAUUACCGGUACCAUUCCUUCUGAAAUCGGAAACUUUGAAAACCUAACUCUGUUAUUUUUAUGGCAGAAUCAUUUAGAAGGUGCAAUACCUAGUUCAAUAUCCUCAUGUCAAAAUCUAGAAGCGGUUGAUUUGUCUCAGAACUCGCUGACUGGACCCAUUCCUAAAGGUCUUUUUAAUUUACAGAAUCUAAACAAGUUGUUGCUUUUAGGUAACGAUUUAUCGGGUGAGAUACCUUCAGAGAUAGGAAACUGUUCAUCGUUGAUUCGUUUUCGUGCUAAUAAUAAUCAUUUGGUUGGAUCCAUUCCACCCGAGAUCGGUAGAUUAAGGAAUUUAAACUUCCUUGAUCUCGGGUCAAACCGGUUGACUGGAAUCAUUCCGUUAGAGAUAUCCGGAUGCCAGAAUCUUACCUUUCUAGAUUUGCAUUCGAAUUCGUUAUCCGGAAACUUACCUGCUAGUUUAGAUAAGAUUGUGUCCCUCCAGCUUAUAGACGUAUCCGAAAAUGACAUUGAAGGUGCUUUGAGUCCGAAUCUCGGAUCACUUGUUUCUUUAAACAAACUCGUGUUAAGUAGGAACAGGUUUUCUGGUUCAAUUCCGUCGGAAAUUGGUUCGUGCAUGAAUUUACAGUUACUUGAUUUGAGUAGUAACGAUUUUUCCGGCGAGAUUCCAGCGAGUUUAGGUAAAAUUCCGGCGUUAGAGAUUGCGCUUAAUCUUAGUUGUAACAAACUCUCCGGUAAGAUACCGGGGGAGUUUGCCGCUUUGGAUAAGUUAGGAGUACUAGAUCUUUCUUACAAUGAACUUUCUGGAGAUUUACAAAAUCUCGUGGACCUUGAAAAUCUCGUGGCUCUUAAUAUCUCGCAUAACGAUUUUAAAGGUCACGUGCCCGAUACACCUUUUUUCUCGAAAUUACCACUUAGUGUGAUGUCGAAUAAUCCUAAGUUGUGUUUGGCUGGAAAUGAGUGUACCGCGGAUAGCGGUGGGGGUUCGGGACGAAGCAAGGGUGCUCGGGUCGCGAUGGUGGUGUUGAUCUGUGUCGCGUGUGUUUUGUUAUUAGCUGCAUUUUACAUUAUACUUGCUGGGAAAAUGCGUGCUCGGGAGCAUGGUUUUGAUGACGCUGACGUGGAGAUGGGACCACCAUGGGAGAUCACUUUAUACCAAAAACUAGACUUGUCAAUUGCUGACAUGGCAAAAUACUUGACACCUGACAAUGUAGUGGGCCGGGGUCGGUCCGGGGUAGUUUACCGGGCCAAUAUCCCAUCGGGGUUUCCUAUCGCAGUAAAAAGGUUUGUGUUGUCAGAGAAUUACUCUGCUGCAGCGUUCUCAUCGGAAAUUGCCACCCUGGCACGUAUCCGCCACAGGAAUAUUGUUCGUUUGUUGGGUUGGGCUGCCAAUGGUAAAAACAAGUUGCUGCUUUAUGACUUUCUGCCUAACGGUACGUUGGGCACCAUGUUACAUGAAGGUAACAUCGAGGUGGUUGAGUGGGAAACAAGAUUUAAGAUAGCUUUAGGCGUGGCCGAGGGAUUAGCCUACUUACACCAUGACUGCGUGCCACCGAUUCUCCAUCGUGAUAUCAAGGUGGAGAACAUAUUGUUGGGCGAUCGAAAUGAUGCCUGUUUGGCAGAUUUCGGGCUUGCCAGAUUGGUUGAAGACGACAACGCUUCAUUUUCAGUGAAACCUCAGUUCGCAGGCUCCUAUGGUUAUAUGGCUCCAGAAUAUGCUAGCAUGUUAAAAAUUACUGAAAAGAGUGACGUUUUUAGUUAUGGAGUAGUACUUUUAGAGAUCAUAACCGGGAAAAAACCAGUUGACGAGUCAUUUCCUGAAGGGCAACAUGUUAUUCAAUGGGUUCGUGAUCACCUCAAGAGCAAGAAAGAUCCUGUACACAUAAUAGACGGAAAGCUACAUGGCAAUCCUGACUCACAAAUACAGGAGAUGUUACAAUCCCUUGGAAUAGCUCUCUUGUGUACAAGCAAUCGACCUGAAGACAGGCCCACAAUGAAAGACGUGGUGGCGUUGUUAAGAGAGAUCAGACACGAGCCUACAACGGCAAAUGAGGCACAUAAAGAGACCAACAAGUCACAAAAAGACUCAAGUGGUCUGUUUUCAUCAUCCUCAGUAACCCCGGCUCAGUUUUUCGUUCAAGGUUCAUCAAAUACCUCGCUUGCUUACUCAUCCUAAUCCCAAUUCAUAUGAAGAUUGCAACAAUAAAGUCCUAGAUUUAGUUGAUAUAUUAGCAUUGUAAAAAUGUUAAAAGAAGUGUGCUUUUAUUAUUCAUUUUUUGUAAUUUUUAGAGAUUAGAAAAUACAGAACAAGUUGGGAAAGGGAUAGAGCCAUAGAGGGCCAUUCCUCAAUUGAAAAUUCUAAUUAUUAUAAACAAGAAUACAACUUCCCUUCUGUUUGAAGUUUAUCA